GUCAAAGAGUCAGUUUCCAGGCUUCAGUGAAUAACUUAUAUAUACAUACUGAGGCUGUAGAAGCUUGAAUGUGAGAGUUUGUACCCAUCUGCACGGGAAACACUCUUUAUUUCGGUGCAUACCACGUGUUUGUUUUGGACAAAGGUGUAAAGGGUUAAAGAAAAGCUGAGCCGCAGAUUCACAUUCAGCAGGUUUGCUCUGUGCUCUCAGUAGCUGCAGCGCUCCGCGGGCAGCUCUGGCUCCGGUAUUUCAACUCGCUGUGGAUUGUGGGAGUCGAGGACACUGCCCAGGCUUGUUACCGGAGAUAUUUUUCACGGUGCCCUGUUUUGUAAGUAACCCACCAGAGCCUCGCACUGGUCUCUCACCGGCGUCAGCACCAUGUCCAGCCGAGGAGGAAAGAAGAAGUCGACAAAGACAUCCCGGUCCACCAAGGCCGGUGUCAUCUUCCCUGUGGGGCGCAUGCUGCGCUACAUAAAGAGGGGCUUGCCUAAAUAUCGCAUCGGAGUGGGAGCACCCGUCUACCUCGCUGCUGUCCUUGAGUAUCUUACUGCAGAGAUCCUGGAGCUGGCAGGUAAUGCAGCCAGAGACAACAAGAAGGGUCGUGUCACGCCUCGGCACAUCCUGCUGGCCAUCGCCAACGACGAAGAGUUGAACCAGUUGCUGAAAGGUGUGACCAUUGCUGCAGGUGGGGUCCUGCCCAACAUCCAUCCAGAGCUGCUGGCCAAGAAGAGAGGAGCGAAGGGCAAACUGGAGACCCCCGUCUCUCCUGCCCCUGAGAAGAAACCCAAGUCAGUCAAGAAAACGGUGCCUAAGAAAGUGAGCGGGAAAAGAGGAGGAGGGAAGGCUAAGAAACAGGGCGAGGUGAGCAAGGCGGCAUCAGCAGACAGCACCACAGAGGGGUCUCCAGCCGACAGCUUCACCGUGCUCUCCACCAAAAGCCUCUUCCUGGGUCAGAAGCUCAACCUUAUCCACAGCGAGGUCAGUAACUUGGCUGGCUUUGACGUGGAGGGGGUCAUCAAUCCCACCAAUGCUGAACUUGAACUUAAAGAUGAUCUAGGCUCGGCUCUGGAAAAAAAAGGAGGAAAGGAGUUCACUGAAGCGCUGCAGGAGCUGAAGAAGAAGAACGGCCCUCUGGAGGUGGCUGGCGCUGUGUUGACCGCCGGCUUUGGUCUGCCUGCUAAGUACGUCAUUCACUGUAACAGUCCAGGCUGGGGCUCCGACAAGUGUGAGGAGAUGCUGGACAAGACGGUGAAGAACUGCCUGGCUCUGGCCGACGAGAAGAAACUCAAGUCUGUGGCUUUCCCCUCCAUUGGUAGUGGAAGGAAUGGGUUCCCGAAGCAGACAGCGGCCCAGCUGAUCCUUAAAGCUAUUUCCAGCUACUUUGUGGCCACCAUGUCUUCCACCAUCAAGACCGUCUACUUUGUGCUGUUUGACAGCGAGAGCAUUGGGAUCUACGUGCAGGAAAUGGCCAAACUGGAGACGAGCUAAGAGUCUGGCGUGUUCUCCUACUUGUUCCUUCUCCCUCACCUCGUUUUUUCCUGCAAGGAAAUAGAAAGGUGUUUACUAUUGGUUUGGUAACUAUGAAGAGAAGAAGAAAGAAGAAUCUUUUAAAGGCUGGGAACUUGAUUUUGCAUUAUGUUUGUAUUUUUCUUAUCGAUUUUAAUUCCUUGUUUACUUGUCACCUCUGGUGUUUAAAUCUAAAAGUGCACUGUUCAUUCUGCAGUCUUUUAACACAGGCAGUGCCACUCAAAACAGAUUCAAUGAGUGAGAAGACUCACUUUAAAAUUUAAUUUUCAUUAAAUAAAAAUGUUCGAGAGAUAGCUACACCUCAAGUCCAAGACUUCCAGAGAAGUCCAAUAAAUACGGGUUCAUGCAUGUGAAGGCAGUAAAGAUAAUAAAGAGCUAUUCUCUUUCUUUUUGGCUCAAAACAUAAUUCCUACUUAAUUAUUUUGGUUUGUUCUGCAUUUUGGAACAUCUCUGUUGUUAAUAGUACUGUAUAAUGAAAGGGUAAAGCAUAAAGAAAAGUUCAGUUUGCUCUACUUUAGCUGUCAGUAGACCAAUAUAACAGUUUUUGUUUUUGUGUUGUGUGUUGCAGAUUCCUCUUUUUUUGUCUUUGUUAACACAGUCAAAACUGUUUUAGUGUGCUGCAAAGACCUUGGAUUAAAAAGUAUUAAUCAAUUGGGGAAAAAAAAUGGUACACGCCCAUGUUCUAUACUCCUGGUGCUAGCGCCUUGAGUUUAAACUCUAAAUUGAUCACCUGUUGUCAUUUAUACAAACUAAAAUUAGUGGCAUGAAAUUGUUUGGAGGUUUUUGCAGGGCACCUGGUUUAUAUUGUGCGUUCCUAUCAGUGUUUAUAUAGAUGGAGUAUUUGUGAAAUGUUAUAGUAAAAUAUUGGACUGUAACAUAGAUUCUUAUUUUCUGUUUUAAUUUCCACACUGAUUCUAAAAGAUGCAGAUGAUUUGAAAGGGGAAAAAAUGUGAGUGAUAUCUUUUUUUGUGUGUGUGUGUUUUGUCUUUGUUAAACCAUAAAAAUGUACUCACGUUUGCUGGAAAUAGAGGCUCUGUCUGUCUGUCGUUGCUUUUGGGUUUCUCUUUCACUCAGCUGCCACUAGAUGGCUGCCUGAAAUUACAAAUUGGAUUUUUAACCUCAGCCAUUUUCUGUGCUGCAGCAGGCCUCUUCACACCGACGCUGGUCCAUUUGAGUUGGAUUUGAAUUGGGUCGGACGGACAUAUACAAGGAACUUGACUGCUCUGCUGCAUUUGGAUUUUUCAACAGCCUAAUUUUCUUAUGAUAAAAAAUAUAAAACACUUUCUAAAAAAUUGCUACAAUUGGUGAUUCUACAAAAGGUCUGUAUACACUCCGUUAAUAAAAUACCUUUAAAACAUCAUUUGGUCCUCUUGAAGUUGUGAGAUAAUUUUGUCAGAAAGCUGCCAGGGACUUUGAGCCUCCGUUUUUAAAAGUGUGUUUGGUUGGAAGUAAUGAAUCCAUCUUCACUGUGUUACAGGGGAAAUAACUCAGUGUUGCAGAACAGAUGCAGGUGUAUGGUUUGUUGUAAGAUGACUUGCAAAAUAAACAG